UGGCAUAUUUUUGGUAUUAAUAUUGAUUCACUCAUUGGAAAUAAACACAUUUAUUCUAAAAACCAGUUGUUUGCAUGAUACGGGUUGUUUUUCUCAUAUAUUUUAUGAUGGUAUGAUACUAAACCCCUAACGGGAGGGAUUGUGCUUGAUUUUCAUACGAUGAAGACAUAAUCUUUCAAUCAGUUUAAUUGAGUUCCGGAGCUGGCUUGUCAGUAACAGCUAGUAGUCCUUUGUUAAUUUAUGUAUCAUUGUCAUUUUGCUUAGUUUCUUUUGUUACUUAUUCUGACAUCGGACUCGGACUUCUUUUAAACUGAGUUUUACUGUGCGUAUUGCUGUGUGUUUGUUUAUUCUACUUUGGCUAGAGGUAUAAGGGGAGGGUUGAGAUCUCAUAAAACAUGUUUAACCUCGCCGCAUUUUUGCGCCUGUCCGAAGUCAGGAGCCUCUGGCCUUUGUUAGUCUUGUAUAUUUUUUGAGUGUGACGUCCAUUUUCAUUGAACUAGUACACAUUUUUGUUUAGGGGCCAGCUGAAGCCCGCCUCCGGGUGCGGGAUUUUCUCGCUGUGUUGAAGACCCGUUGGUGGCCUUCGGCUUUUUUCUGCUCUUUGGUCGGGUUGUUGUCUCUUUGACACAUUCCCCAUUUCCAUUCUCUAUUUUAUGGAUGUAACUCAAACAAUUGAGAUUAAAUAUACAUGUCAUUCGAAAGUAAGGACGCUAACUAUUCCAAUGAGUUUUGUUUGAAGAAAGAGUCUGUACAUUUUUACAAUGAUUUUUGUAAAAAUAUAUGUAUUGAUGGUAAGGACAUUUUUUAACUAUUCUAUAAUAUAUAAAUGACAGGAUUUUAGCACUUAUAUAUAAAAUAUAUUAGGAAUAAGCACAUCCGCCAUGAUAAAAGAAAGUGUAAAAAAAGUACUGUUACAUAAACUUCCUCGAAUUAAUGGUUGAUGUAAUAUAUGUGAUUAUAUUAUUACAGCUGAAAAGCGAAGAUGUCGCACUAUGAUCCAGUUUUCGUUGAAAUACAAGACUUAAGAACAGAAUUAAACAGAGAAGAACUAAAGAUUUCAGGUGAUAUAAAGGAAAGAGUAAAGAAUAUAGAGGAGCUAAUGAUGGCUAGAGAAAGAUUUUGUGCUGAUCACACAUCAGACAGCAGCGUUGAAGUGCAAGCUAUAGCCAACGAGACUUUGGACCAUCCUUGGAAUGAACUGUUUCAGGAAGGGAAAAUAAAAUUUAACAUGAAAACUUCAAUGAUGUCUGGAAAUGUAACAGGUUGUUUUUUGCAAUUUUUAGUCAGUUCUUCCAAAGCUAAGACUGUGCUAGAGAUUGGUACAUUUACUGGAUGCAGUGCUUUAAGGAUGGCAGAAGUUCUGCCACCUGAUGGCAAAGUUACCACGUGCGACUUUGACCCAUAUGUCGUAGAAUUUGCAAGAAAAUGGGUUGACACAUCCCCUCAUGGCAACAAGAUUGAAAUACUAUUAGGAUAUGCUAAAGAAACAUUACCUGAUUUAGCCAAAAAGGGAUCAAAGUUUGACUUCAUUUUUAUUGACGCUGACAAAAAAAGAUAUGUAGACUAUUUCAAGAUAUGUUUGGAUUCAUUGUUAGCACAAGGAGGAACUAUGGCAAUUGAUAAUGCCAUGUUUUACGGCACAGCUUACGCCGAGAAACCACGUGGUCUUUAUGGAGACCAUACAAGACAGUUUAAUGAAGCGGUUAAACAAAGACAAGAUAUAUGUCAUGUAUUGCUACCAGUUAGAGAUGGUAUAAUGUUGGUGAGAAGAAAGACUGACAUACAUGGAUAGGUCCAGUGAAAACAUAUAUAAUGUAUUGACACUUGGAAACUUGUUUGAAUAUCUUUUUCCAGUACCUUUUGUUAAAGGACUUGAAUUUUUCGGGAGGUUGAAUCACUUUGUUAUAAAUACGGAUAUACUUUAGUCAGUGCUUACGACAUAUAUAUAGAUUUUGACUGCAUUUUUUUCACGAAUAAAAUAUAUGCUUUAUUUCCUUAAA